GCAGCAAUGGCAGCAGCGGGCAUGGGCAGGCUGGACUCGGGAAUGUCGGCGCCGGUGGUGCUGGGCAGGGUAGAGUUUGCCUCGGUCAAGCCGGGCAGGCGGUCGCUCUUCUCGUACGACUCCUUGUCGAGAGUGACCUGGGAGUGAAUAUCACCAGCGUGGGUGGAAGGGGGGAGAGGCUCGCCGGGCGCAAUGUUGGGCUGGGGCUUGGUCACAUCGCUCGCAGGCAGAGGGUUGACGCUGAUGGUCUUGUCGAGCUCGUCGACGGGCGUCUGGGGGAAGCCGCCAAUGGCAUGGACGGGGGUGGCCUUGGGCUCCUCCUCGCUCGCCUUGGAGUUCUCGAGAGGCACAUCCUUGGCCAGGGCGGCCGUGGUAGACUCGGGAGUGGUGGUGUUCAUGAUGGCGGCGAUGGGGUUCUCCUUCACAAUCUGCUCGGGCGUCAGGAAGUUGUUUACGUUUCCCUCGUGAUCAGGCUCUUGCGGGGCCGUGUGGUCGGUGAUCCAGUUGUUGUCGACGACGAACUGGGAAAAAUCAGGUCAGCAAGGGGGGGAUGUUCUGAAUGUGUUGUUAUGAGAUCAAAGGCAGAACAGCCGAAUAAGUGAG